AUGCCGCUCAUGGUAGAGGUGAUGGUGGAGGUGUGCGUCGUGACCGGUAUGACCGAGAUAACUUCCGAGGGGGAACCGGUAGUGGUGUGGGAUGAUCCCUGCGAGUACUCUACACUGGUUACCGUUAUCGUAGUUACAGAGAUAGGUGAGACGGCUGUUCCAGGAGGACUACUCGACGUGGUGCUCGAUGUCGUCGAGGAAGAGUACGCUCCAGUCCAUGAAAUCCAGCGGAGCGUUGGCGACUUGGAUGACGUCGCUGUAGCCGAGGUGCUGCUCGGGGUUAUUCCUGCGGAAGACAAGACGGCGCUGCACAAGCGCUCCAUCCCGGGUGUGACAUGGUUCACAGAGACGUCUGCAGUGCAGGCGGACACGAUACACCCUGAGGCGACCGAUAUCAACUGA